AGUUACGCAGCCCGGCUCAAGCACUGAGAUAAAAGCUCAGAUGGUGAUUGAAAGUGAUGGCAAACGGAUUUAGCCACUGUAUUAAGUUGACGAGGUAGUUCGGUAGGGGAGGCUACUGGGCUGCAAAUAGAGUUGCUGUUACAAGUUGACCCCCUUGCAAAAUGGGUUGUCAUUAGUUCUAAAGCAAAAAAAAAACAAAAAAACGCUGAAGGGGGAAACGAGAGCAUCAGGAGAAAGUUAACUUGUAACGAGUUGCAGACUGACGAGAAUCUACUGGACGCCGGACAGGUGCACGGCGGCAUCUUGUAGCUGAAACCUAAGGUAAACCUUGCACACUCCGACUUUAGUGGGGUCCGUAACUGCGAGCUCCAGACAUUGCAUAUGUGGGUGCCAGGAGGUCUCAUGCGUUGUCUGUAGAUCAGGCACGAGACAGGUGCACGGUGUGUGCCCCUGGGGUGAAUUUCCCGGACCAAGUGGCAAGAGGGCUAAUCCGGUUCUGCGAGCCGCUGCAGCGGCUGGAUGUGUUUUGGAAAGAUGUCAGUCUGGGGGUUCCCAGCCCCGAACUCGGACUUCAGGCAGGUUCUGUUGCGGGAUGAGAACCCCAGCCUUUAAGUGGAAGCACUAAUUUGUUUGGAUCGUGGCAGUUGUUCUUCCGAAGCAGUUACUUCACUUUUCAGAGUGGAACUAAUUUCUUUUUACUGGAAACUUGCUUCAUCAGUGCCUUUCUUAAGCAGCAUACAGCAUUUUCUUAUAGUGAAAAAAAAUCAUGUCUUCUAUCCAAGUAAAGAAAAAUGCACGUUCGUGUAUUACGAUACUGGCAGAACGUAACAUGUGAAGCUCCAUGCCAAACUGGAAGACUUUAGUGCUGCGAGAAGGAAAUAAAGGCCAAGAAAGAGAGACAGAGUGGAAGAGAAUGACUGAGAGAGAGAGAGUCAGAAGCUACCUGUUUAAUUCAGUGAUACUCUUAUAAAACUUGCAGUGCUUCUGAGUAAAGAACAAAAAUAAAAUUAGGCACUGAGCUGAAAGCAGAAGAACUGUGAGUGACAUUAACUUAAAAAGUAUACAGUUUUAAUCUCAUUCACUAUACAGACAUUUGAAGACCUGGGAACUUCUCAGGCACUUGGAUUCUAACCAAAGAUAACCUUUAGUGGAGAUUUGCUUUGCUCUUGUCAAGAUGCAUCAUAGUCACAACAGAUGAAUGGCACCUUGUUUCCAUGCUGAGCUUGACGGUAACUCCACAGUCAGUGGCUGCCUCUUCUAGGACCCUAUUUGACACCUUGACCUUGGGACCAUGGACUUGGUCCCAGCAGUCAUGUUGCAGUUGACUGUGGUUUUUUUGCACUGCCUCCUAUCAGUAAUGGCUCAGUAUGAUGUGUGCCAGUACCGUGUGUCAAGAGAGGAUGGUGUAUCGCUGGAGUUUUAUGCCUGCCAACCAAAACCAAUGGCAAUGAAGGAAUAUGCAAGAGUGAAUGUAGACCCUCCUGGGAUCACUUGUGGAGAUCCACCUGCAAGUUUCUGUACUCAUGAAAACCCGUACUUGUGCAGCGACGAAUGUGAUGCAUCAAAUCCUGACCUCGCUCACCCAAUACAAUUUAUGUUUGAUAAAGAGCAGCACGGACUCACAACAUACUGGCAAAGUGUAUCCUGGAGCAAGUAUCCCCAGCCAUUAACAGCUAAUAUCACUCUGUCUUGGAACAAAAGCAUUGAGCUAACAGAUGACAUCACCAUCACUUUUGAGUAUGGUCGGCCCACCGUAAUGAUAUUGGAAAAGUCUCUGGAUUAUGGGCGGACAUGGCACCCAUAUCAAUAUUAUGCUGAUGACUGUUUGGAGGCCUUUGAAAUGCCUGCAAGGAAGGUGCAGGACCUGACCAUCAGUAGUGCUAAUAGGGUUAUUUGUACAGAGGAGUACUCUAGGUGGGCGGGCUCCAAAAACCAAAAGAAUGUCCAUUUUGAAGUACGGAACCGCUUUGCCAUAUUUGCUGGCCGUGAACUUCGGAACAUGGGCAACGUUUAUAUGAAGUUUGAGAGUACAAAGGGCUGGAAAGAAUUUUUUACUCUAACAGAUCUUCGUCUGAGGCUGCUAAGGCCAGCACUUGGUGGAACAUAUGUCCAACGUGACAACUUGAAUAAAUAUUUCUAUGCCAUUUCAAACAUUGAAGUAACAGCCAGGUGUAAAUGUAACCUGCACGCCAAUGUUUGCUCCUUUAAAGACAAUAACUUACAGUGUGAGUGUCAACAUAACACCACUGGCCAGGACUGCGGAAAAUGCAAGAAGAAUUACAGAGCCAAGUCUUGGAGACCAGGGUCAUAUAUUCCCUUACCUAAUGGAUCCCCAAAUGUAUGCUCAGCUGCGGGACAGGCUUUUGGCAACUGUGAAUGCUAUGGUCACUCUAACCGCUGCAGUUAUAUCGAGUUCCUGAAUGUCAUGACAUGUGUCAGCUGCAAGCACAACACCAGAGGGCAGCACUGCCAGCAUUGUCGACUGGGGUACUACCGGAACACGUCUGCUGAAUUGGAUGAUGAAAACGUGUGCAUAGAAUGCAACUGCAACCCAGCAGGGUCACUUCAUGACCGCUGUAAUGAAACAGGGUUCUGUGUGUGCAAAGAAGGAGCCACGGGGUUUAAGUGUGAUGAUUGCCUACCAGGCUAUUAUUGGAAACAGGGAUGCUUUCCUAACGUGUGUGACGAGAUGCUAAUCUGCCAGAAUGGAGGGACCUGUUACCAGAACCAAAGGUGCAUCUGUCCAAGUGGUUACAAGGGCAUCCUGUGUGAGCAGCCAAAGUGUGAAGCAGCAGAUGAAACAUGUGAUACUGCCACAGUUUACCUCAGCUCCUUUUUCAUUCUUCUCACAGCACUAAUUCUGCAGCUGGUAAUAGUGACUGACUAUUAGCUUAAUAUUCCAAAGCAUUUGCUACAAUUGAUCACAGGAAGGGGCACUGGCAUGUGCAUUUUGAGGGAUGGAAACAUUGCACCUCAGGUACAAAGAAUGCACUGCAGAUACAGAGCAGACAAUCCCCUUUUUCAUGUAAAGUACUGCAAAAUCACCACAUGAGUGAGAUUUUAAGGAGAAGGGUGACAGUGACAGGUAAAGUGCAAAGAGAAUGGCGUCUGAUCAAAUAAAGAAACUUCUAGAAGUUCUGUCUUCAUUGGAUAUGACACUUUGUCCUAUCAGAAAAAAAUGAUUAGAGUAUUAAACACUACAAGUAAGAAACAAGCUACCAAUAAAAGACGUUUACAAAAUUGCUGCCUCUUCCCACCUUUGUGUAUUGCCUAGCGACAUUGCGGCCUACAAUAUUAGUUGCUAAUUUAUUGAUUUUUUUGUGCAAUAUAGCAGGGAAUAAAUGGGACAUUGUGUGCACUGUAAAAAUUAAACAAAAAGGAUUAUAAAGCAGAAACCUAUAAGUAUACUGUAUCUAUACUUGUUUGAAUACUUUUUUGUAGAAGAUUAUUUUUGUUUUAACAAAAUGUUAUCAUAAAACUCCAAAAAGGACAAAAAUUGCCAUGAGCAGUUUUAUUGUGGUGUAUAACCUUACAGUAAAGUGACUGUUAAUUACCACUUGUCCUAUAUUGUUAUUCUGUCUGUGUAUAUUGUGUAAGAAUCAAUUAUAACUGCCUAUUUUUGUUCUAAAAUGAAUAAUUUUCAGCCCUUUUCUGUGGCUUGUUAUUCAAACAAAAAGCUCAUUUGAAUUACUAGCUUUUCUAGUGGAUGUAUUUUACCAGAAUGAUUGGUAUACUGCACACUAUCAUAAUGACCUAAGUCCUUAUGAAUUUCAUAUUCAAAAUAAAAUGAGUUACAGAGGUCAGUGGAGAAGAAGGUAAAACAUUCUCUCCCAAGAAUGAUGCAGGUAUGCAUAGCACAAAAGCAACAUCUGAAAGCAAUAUGGUGCCAUUACAACUGUCUAGCAAUCUAAUAGUCUAAUACACAGGAUGAAGGCCCUGAGCUGCUGACUGCUGGAAUCACAGGUUUGCUUCCCUAUGGUUCUAUUUUCCCAUUCACUUAACCAGACAGUGCUCCAGAGCCAAGCCUAGAAAAUGCACUUGUACUUAGUGGCUUUACCCAUUUAAGUAAAUUAAAUGAAAACUGUGGUUAGCUGUAUGCUGGCUGGUUCCUAAACUGUUAGUGUGUUGUAUGAUUCCAUGGCAGAGAAAAAACACUGGACAUAAACAAUUUAGCAAUUCAUUCAUACAUUAAGAUGCCCCAUCAGCUGUCUAUGAAUUUAUGUGGUUCUAGGCACAAUAAAACGUUAUCUAAG